AGGCCCCUGCCUGCCAUGCCGCUGCCACCUCUGAGCCCGUGCGUGCUCCCGGUGCUGCUGUUGCUGCCGCUGCUCCUGGGGGCCGUGCGGGUGGCAGCGGGCACGCCCAGGCCGGGCGGGGGUCCACAGCCCUCCUUCCGCACCUUCGCGGCCAGCGACUGGGGCCUCACCCACCUGGUGGUCCACGAGCAGACGGGCGAGGUGUACGUGGGUGCGGUGAACCGCAUCUACAAGCUGUCAGGGAACCUGACGCUGCUGCGGGCGCACGUGACGGGCCCCGUGGAGGACAACGAGAAGUGCUACCCGCCCCCCAGUGUGCAGUCAUGCCCGCACGGCCUGGGCAGCACCGACAACGUCAACAAGCUGCUGCUGCUGGAUUACGCCGCCAACCGCCUGCUGGCCUGCGGCAGCGCCUCCCAGGGCAUCUGCCAGUUCCUGCGGCUCGACGACCUCUUCAAGCUGGGUGAGCCGCACCACCGCAAGGAGCACUACCUGUCCAGCGUGCGCGAGGCGGGCAGCAUGGCGGGCGUGCUCAUCGCCGGGCCGCCGGGCCAGGGCCAGGCCAAGCUCUUUGUGGGCACGCCCAUCGACGGCAAGUCCGAGUACUUCCCCACGCUGUCCAGCCGCCGCCUCAUGGCCAAUGAGGAGGACGCCGACAUGUUCGGCUUCGUGUACCAGGACGAGUUCGUGUCCUCGCAGCUCAAGAUCCCGUCGGACACGCUGUCCAAGUUCCCGGCCUUCGACAUCUACUACGUGUACAGCUUCCGCAGCGAGCAGUUCGUGUACUACCUCACCCUGCAGCUGGACACGCAGCUCACCUCCCCGGACGCGGCUGGCGAGCACUUCUUCACCUCCAAGAUCGUGCGCCUCUGCGUGGACGACCCCAAGUUCUACUCGUACGUGGAGUUCCCCAUCGGCUGCGAGCAGGCGGGCGUCGAGUACCGCCUGGUGCAGGACGCCUACCUGAGCCGGCCCGGCCGCGCCCUGGCCCGCCAGCUGGGCCUGGCCGAGGACGAGGACGUGCUGUUCACCGUGUUUGCCCAGGGCCAGAAGAACCGCGUGAAGCCGCCCAAGGAGUCGGCGCUGUGCCUCUUCACGCUCCGAGCCAUCAAGGAGAAGAUCAAGGAGCGCAUCCAGUCGUGCUACCGCGGCGAGGGCAAGCUCUCGCUGCCCUGGCUGCUUAACAAGGAGCUGGGCUGCAUCAACUCGCCCCUGCAGAUUGAUGACGACUUCUGCGGGCAGGACUUCAACCAGCCGCUGGGGGGCACGGUCACCAUCGAGGGCACGCCCCUGUUCGUGGACAAGGAGGACGGCCUGACCGCCGUGGCUGCCUACGACUACCGCGGCCGCACCGUGGUGUUUGCUGGGACUCGCAGCGGCCGCAUCCGCAAGAUCCUGGUGGACCUCUCGAACCCUGGCGGCCGGCCAGCUCUGGCCUACGAGAGUGUGGUGGCCCAGGAGGGCAGCCCCAUCCUGCGCGACCUUGUCCUCAGCCCCAACCGGCAGUACCUCUACGCCAUGACGGAGAAGCAGGUGACUCGGGUGCCUGUGGAGAGCUGCGUGCAGUACACGUCCUGCGAGCUGUGCCUGGGGUCGCGGGACCCCCACUGCGGCUGGUGUGUCCUGCACAGUGUCUGCUCGAGGCAGGACGCCUGCGAGCGGGCCGACGAGCCCCAGCGCUUCGCCUCGGACCUGCUGCAGUGCGUGCAGCUGACCGUGCAGCCGCGCAACGUGUCCGUCACCAUGUCCCAGGUCCCGCUCGUGCUGCAGGCCUGGAACGUGCCCGACCUCUCUGCCGGCGUCAACUGCUCCUUCGAGGACUUCACCGAGUCCGAGGGCCUCCUGGAGGACGGCCGCAUCCACUGCCACUCGCCCUCCGCCCGGGAGGUGGCGCCCAUCACGCGGGGCCAGGGAGACCAGCGCGUGGUGAAGCUGUACCUGAAGUCCAAGGAGACGGGGAAGAAGUUCGCGUCCGUGGACUUCGUCUUCUACAACUGCAGCGUCCACCAGUCCUGCCUGUCGUGUGUCAACGGCUCCUUCCCCUGUCACUGGUGUAAAUACCGCCACGUGUGCACGCACAACGCCGCUGACUGCGCCUUCCUGGAGGGCCGUGUCAACAUGUCCGAGGACUGCCCGCAGAUCCUGCCCUCCACCCAGAUCUACGUGCCCGUGGGCGUGGUGAAGCCCAUCACCCUGGCUGCCCGGAACCUGCCACAGCCACAGUCAGGCCAGCGUGGCUACGAGUGCCUCUUCCACAUCCCGGGCAGCCCGGCCCGUGUCACUGCCCUGCGCUUCAACAGCUCCAGCCUGCAGUGCCAGAACUCCUCGUACUCCUACGAGGGCAACGACAUCAGCGACCUGCCUGUGAACCUGUCUGUCGUGUGGAACGGCAACUUCGUCAUCGACAACCCUCAGAACAUCCAGGCCCACCUGUACAAGUGCCCGGCCCUGCGUGAGAGCUGUGGCCUCUGCCUCAAGGCCGACCCGCGCUUCGAGUGCGGCUGGUGCGUGGCCGAGCGCCGCUGCUCCCUGCGCCACCACUGCCCGGCUGACUCACCCGCCGCCUGGAUGCACGCCCGCCACGGCAGCAGCCGCUGCACGGACCCCAAGAUCCUCAAGCUGUCCCCAGAGACGGGCCCAAGGCAGGGAGGGACGCGGCUCACCAUCACCGGGGAGAACCUGGGCCUGCGGUUUGAGGACGUGCGUCUGGGCGUGCGCGUGGGCAAGGUGCUGUGCAGCCCCGUGGAGAGCGAGUACAUCAGCGCCGAGCAGAUCGUCUGCGAGAUCGGGGAUGCCAGCACGGUGCGGUCCCACGAUGCCCUGGUGGAGGUGUGUGUGCGGGACUGCUCUCCCCACUACCGGGCCCUGUCGCCCAAGCGCUUCACCUUUGUGACUCCAACCUUCUACCGCGUGAGCCCCUCCCGCGGGCCUCUGUCGGGGGGCACCUGGAUUGGCAUCGAGGGCAGCCAUCUGAAUGCGGGCAGUGACGUGGCCGUGUCUGUCGGCGGCCGGCCCUGCUCCUUCUCCUGGAGGAACUCCCGGGAGAUCCGCUGCCUGACGCCCCCUGGGCAGAACCCCGGCAGCGCCCCCAUCGUCAUCAACAUCAACCGCGCGCAGCUCAGCAACCCCGAGGUGAAGUACAACUACACCGAGGACCCCACCAUCCUGAGGAUCGACCCCGAGUGGAGCAUCAACAGUGGUGGGACCCUCCUAACGGUCACAGGCACCAAUCUGGCCACGGUGCGCGAACCUCGAAUCCGAGCCAAGUACGGCGGCGUUGAGAGGGAGAAUAGCUGCAUGGUGUACAACGACACCACCAUGGUGUGCCGGGCGCCGUCCGUGGACAACCCGACGCGCAGCCCGCCCGAGCUGGGAGAGCGGCCGGACGAGCUGGGCUUCGUCAUGGACAACGUGCGCGCCCUGCUAGUGCUCAACUCCUCGUCUUUCGUCUACUACCCCGACCCCGUGCUGGAGCCGCUCAGCCCCACCGGCCUGCUGGAGCUCAAGCCCAGCUCCCCCCUCAUCCUCAAGGGCCGGAACCUCCUGCCUCCCGCGCCUGGCAAUUCCCGGCUCAACUACACGGUGCUCAUCGGCUCCACGCCCUGCAUCCUCACCGUGUCGGAGACGCAGCUACUGUGCGAGUCGCCUAACCUCACCGGGCAGCACAAGGUCACGGUGCGAGCGGGCGGCUUCGAGUUCUCACCAGGCACGCUGCAGGUGUAUUCGGACAGCCUGCUGACGCUGCCCGCCAUCGUGGGCAUCGGCGGCGGCGGGGGCCUGCUGCUGCUUGUCAUCGUGGCCGUGCUCAUCGCGUACAAGCGCAAGUCUCGCGACGCCGACCGCACCCUCAAGCGGCUGCAGCUGCAGAUGGACAACCUGGAGUCCCGCGUGGCCCUGGAGUGCAAGGAAGCCUUCGCAGAGCUGCAGACCGACAUCCACGAGCUGACCAACGACCUGGACGGAGCCGGCAUCCCGUUCCUGGACUACCGCACGUACGCCAUGCGUGUGCUGUUCCCUGGGAUUGAGGACCACCCUGUACUCAAGGAGAUGGAGGUGCAGGCCAACGUGGAGAAGUCGCUGACACUGUUUGGGCAGCUGCUGACGAAGAAGCACUUCCUGCUCACCUUUAUCCGCACACUGGAGGCCCAGCGCAGCUUCUCCAUGCGCGACCGCGGCAACGUGGCCUCGCUCAUCAUGACGGCCCUGCAGGGCGAGAUGGAGUACGCCACGGGCGUGCUCAAGCAGCUGCUGUCCGACCUCAUCGAGAAGAACCUGGAGAGCAAGAACCACCCCAAGCUGCUGCUGCGGCGAACUGAGUCGGUGGCCGAGAAGAUGCUGACCAACUGGUUCACCUUCCUUUUGUACAAGUUCCUCAAGGAGUGUGCGGGGGAGCCGUUGUUCAUGCUGUACUGCGCCAUCAAGCAGCAGAUGGAGAAGGGGCCCAUCGACGCCAUCACGGGCGAGGCGCGCUACUCCCUGAGUGAGGACAAGCUCAUCCGGCAGCAGAUCGACUACAAGACGCUGACGCUGAACUGUGUGAUCCCCGAGAACGAGAACGCGCCCGAGGUGCCCGUGAAGGGGCUGAACUGUGACACGGUGACACAGGUCAAGGAGAAGCUGCUAGACGCCGUGUACAAGGGCGUCCCCUACUCCCAGCGGCCCAAGGCCGGGGACAUGGACCUGGAGUGGCGCCAGGGCCGCAUGGCGCGCAUCAUCCUGCAGGACGAAGAUGUCACCACCAAGAUCGACAACGACUGGAAGAGGCUGAACACGCUGGCUCACUACCAGGUGACGGACGGGUCGUCGGUGGCGCUGGUGCCCAAGCAGACGUCAGCCUACAACAUCUCCAACUCGUCCACCUUCACCAAGUCCCUCAGCAGAUAUGAGAGCAUGCUACGCACGGCCAGCAGCCCCGACAGCCUGCGCUCGCGCACGCCCAUGAUCACACCAGACCUGGAGAGCGGCACCAAGCUGUGGCACCUGGUGAAGAACCACGACCACCUGGACCAGCGCGAGGGCGACCGGGGCAGCAAGAUGGUCUCAGAGAUCUACCUGACACGGCUGCUGGCCACCAAGGGCACGCUGCAGAAGUUCGUGGACGACCUGUUUGAGACCAUCUUCAGCACGGCGCACCGGGGCUCGGCCCUGCCGCUGGCCAUCAAGUACAUGUUUGACUUCCUGGACGAGCAGGCCGACAAGCACCAGAUCCACGACGCCGACGUGCGGCACACGUGGAAGAGCAACUGCCUGCCCCUGCGCUUCUGGGUGAACGUGAUCAAGAACCCGCAGUUCGUGUUCGACAUCCACAAGAACAGCAUCACGGACGCCUGCCUGUCGGUGGUGGCCCAGACCUUCAUGGACUCCUGCUCCACGUCGGAGCACAAGCUGGGCAAGGACUCGCCCUCCAACAAGCUGCUCUACGCCAAGGACAUCCCCAACUACAAGAGCUGGGUGGAGAGGUACUACGCCGACAUCGCCAAGAUGCCCGCCAUCAGCGACCAGGACAUGAGCGCCUACCUGGCCGAGCAGUCCCGGCUGCACCUGAGCCAGUUCAACAGCAUGAGCGCCUUGCACGAGAUCUACUCCUACAUCACCAAGUACAAGGACGAGAUCCUGGCUGCCCUGGAGAAGGAUGAGCAGGCCCGGCGGCAGCGGCUGCGGAGCAAGCUGGAGCAGGUGGUGGACACGAUGGCCCUGAGCAGCUGA